GGGGAUGACGCUCGUGCGGGAGACCGAAUCCAUAGCAAAGAGGGGGAGUGUCCUUAGUUAAGACCUGGAUGUGUUCUGGUGUGAUCUGUUAUCCUGGCAACACCUCCUGGUCACGACUGUGUUACCCUAGACCCCACUCCUCAUAUACUUGCCUUGAAACAUCAGUUAUAUUUUGUGUAUGUUGAAAACAAGAUAUUGAUUUGCCAAAUAUGUGAAAGGAAUAUCAUCACAAACUUUUAACGGGAUAAGUGACGGAUAGAUAAGGCAUGUGUCGCGUGUGGGACUAGUGCUAUGGCUCAGCCGAGGCGAGCCAGCACGAGUGAAGAAGCAUGGCCAUCCUGCACCACUAAAGACAUAUAGGCUUACUCUGCUCUAUGGACCUGAACAGGUGGAAGCAUGGCUCAGUUCCCUCCCUUGGUGUUCACCCCAUAAUUAAAAGCUAAGAAGUGAAGUGAUAUAUGUAUACAAUAGAUAUAGUAGAUACAAAAUAUAUAUAUAUAUACAUCGCUGGACUACAUAUGUAUGUUAAUGUCGUCAAAAACAAAUCAAAUCAGGUUGGUGGACAGAUAGAACCGCGGCCCGUGUCAAUCACUAUGGCCGGGAAGUGAUAACGAGAACUCGAUCAGGGCAAAAUAUGACACGGAGGUGAGAAGGCAGCAUUUCAAGGACCCCUUCAGCAGCGGCCUUGGAGUAACGGCCAUGGAGGCGCUACAGAAGUGAGCCGAGCCAGCAUCCAGCUGUUACAAAAAUAGGGUCACUGUUUCAAAUUCAAGUGGUGCAAGUGGAACAAAAGACUCUCGGAGGUUCCAUCGCUUCUGGGCGGCCAACAGAAGCUUCCUCUAAACUACGAUGGCGACUUAUACUGUCCUCGUUUUUCUGGCAUGGGUCGUCUGUCUCCACGCCACUGAGGAGACGGACGUUUUGGCGCAACUCACUGUCCUUGCCAACGAGACAGUGAAGAUCCCGUGUGACCUGUCCACCCGCGGCCUGGGAGACGUGGCCCAUAUUGUGUUGUGGUACAGAGGCGCCGCACCUGCUCCUUUCUACAGCUACGACCAGAGGCAGACGGGGGGUCGUCACUGGAGCGAUGAGACAGUGUUCGGCCAGAGGGCGCAGUUUGACCUGAAGCUGACGCCUCCCAGCCUGCGUGUGCGGCCUGUGCGGCCCAGUGACCAGGACACCUACCGCUGCAGGGUGGACUACGAGCACGGGCCUUCCAAGACAUCCACCGUCCACCUGGCUGUCAUUGUGCCUCCCUCACCGCCUGUGGUCACGGACGAGAGCGGCUCCGUGGUGGCGGGCACAGCGGGACCAUACCUGGAGGGGGGAAGAGUCAUCCUCACCUGCAAGACUAUAGGAGGCCGCCCUUCCCCUACGUUGGUGUGGUUGAGGGACGGCCGGCUAGUGGAAGACUCCUACACGGUGGACCAUCGCGGCCAAGUAAGAAACCUGCUUCACCUUGAUAACCUGUCGCGGAAGUUCCUGGACGCUACCUUCACCUGCCGCGCCACCAACAACAACAUCACGCAGCCUCUGGACACGAGCGUCACUAUCAACAUGACGCUGGCGCCACUCACCAUCUCCCUCCUCAAAGUGGCGGGGUCACAAGACUACGUAUCCGCGGGAGUCACAGAGGAGCUUGAGUGCGCCGCUACAGGAAGCAGACCCGAACCUGUCAUGUCCUGGUGGCGCAACGGACGACGAAUCACCAACCCCAGUGUGCAUCAGGUGCGGUUGGCCAACAAGACGGUGUCCACGCUGAGGAUCGUGGCGCAGCCCAGUGACCAUGGCGUGGUGUACACCUGUCGGGUGGAGAACCCAUUGUUGCCCACCUCUGUUCUUGAGGAGUCGUACAAACUUAACGUCCACUACGUGCCUCAGGUGGACUUGGUGAUGGGCAUGGGCAUAAUACCUAAAUCUGUGAAGGAAGGCUCUGAUGUUUUCUUCGAGUGCCGAGUGAAAUCCAAUCCCAAAUUCUACAAGAUCACAUGGAUACACGAAGGUUCUGAGAUGCACCACAACGUAUCCGCGGGCAUCAUAGUGUCCAACCAGUCACUCGUCCUGCAGCGGGUGGGAAGGGAAAGGGCCGGACGUUACUACUGCAGAGCCACUAAUCUCCACGGCGAAGGGGUCUCGGCUCCCAUCCCUAUCACCAUUAUGUACACGCCGGUGUGUUCGCCAGGCCAGCAGCGGGAGUACCAGGUCGCCCACCACGAGACAGCCAACAUCACCUGUCGCGUGGAUGCAGUGCCGGAUAAUGUCACGUUCACUUGGAAGUUUAACUCGUCAGGGUCAUUACUGGAGUUGGGUGAGGGCAGGGCGGCAUCGUGGGGUACAACAAGCGUCCUGGCCUACACUCCAGCCUCCCCGGGCGACUACGGCUUGCUGCUGUGCACGGCCACUAACUCGAUUGGCACACAACACAUGCCCUGCGUCAUCAAUGUCACGGCGGCGAAGCCGCCAGACUUACUGGAGGAGUGCGUCAUAAGAAAUCAGACAACGCACUCGGUGUUCGUCACGUGCAAAGGCAUCCCUACUGAGCUUCCCCGCACCUUCACGAUGGAGGUGAGGAAUUCUGAGGACCUCCAGCUGGUCACUAAGGUAAGCAACAACACGCCGCACUUCGUUGCCUCGGAUCUCCACCCCGGCACAGCCUAUACACUGCACGUGGCCGUCCACAGUCCUAUGGGAGCCUCCACGCCCAUCAAGUUACAAGCCUUUACUGUCAAGACCGCCGAGAAACGAAUGGGAAUCAGCGAACCAGAGGAGGAGGUGCUGGGCGUAUCACCUUUGGUGGCUAUCGUGGCAGGAGGCUCAGUGGCCAUUGUGAUCACGCUCGUCAUCAUCAUAGGCAUUGCCAUCAAACGCUGCCCGAGGAGAAGGCCGCCUGCUGGAGACCCGAGCUAUGGCCUCGGCUCCCAUGUGUCCGACACCUCACCCAAGGAGACGGUGAGCACCUUCAGCAGGCCGUCACCCGCCUCUGAGGAGAGAAACCCUGACCUCAUCCCGCUCAAGGAAGCGCAAGAAUGUGAUUACCAACUUGAGGAGCUCCGCGUGCCAAGCUGCCAGGUGGUGGGUGGCGUGCCGUCCUGCCAUCAACUGACGUCCCUUGGAACCCCGGGCCCCGUGACGGUCACUGUGCCACUAGGAGGGGGAGUCGUCACCAGCUGUCACCAGCCACAAGACUGGGACGCCUACUACCAGCAUCAACUUCACCUCCGCCACCAUCACCGUCACCACCACCACCAGCCCCCGGCACCACCACCUCCCUCUGUAGCUUCAUUUCCUCAUCCAUCGUGCGAGGUGAUGGGUGUCCCGCCUCCCCCUCUGCCCGAAGGGGUCAUCCCUCCUCCAAAUUAUCCUAUUCAGCCUCCCGUCUCGGGUGCUGCCUACACCACGCCUGCUCACUUUCUGGGCGGCGGCGAGGUGACCUCCUCACCCCACCUGGACCCUCACGCGCACAUCCGGGAUCCGGCAGACUACGAAGGGGAAUCCUUUAGACACGAGAGCAGCGUAUAGUAAACGAGCCUCGCGGAGACACGUGCUAUGCUGCCACACUAUACCAGAACGAAUUUACCUAGGAACAAAUUUUCAUAAGAAAUAAUUUUCUAAAGAUAUAUGAACUGCGUUGGAAAA